AUGUCCCGCAACAACAACAACAACGACGACGACACUGGGUCCGACGCUGGGUCGUCGUCGCGCCCGGUUUACGGUGGCUCGCGUCCAGGCGACCCCAGUGUCCAAGACCUCUUGGACCUUCUGUACGCCAUGGCCGAGGAGCGUGAGCAGCGUGAUCGGGAGAGAGCGUCGCGAGAAUCCGACAGGUCGGCAAAAUGUGCGAGAGUUACGAUGGAUAAUGCACGCGCGAGACGGGAGGCCGAGGCCGCCGGGUGUCAUGUCAGAGACUUUGCGACGGGGUACGCGACGAGCGUCUCUGCUGACGGGAAGGGUCUGAUGAAGUAA